AUUCUCUUUGAAUGUAAUCUUCUGCAUUUAUGACUAUUUAUUUUAGUAUAAAAUGCGUCCAUUGUAUUUACUUUUCCUUAUUAGCGGAAUUUGUUCACACGAUUUUAAACUUGAUUUAAAUAAGAAACCUGAAUCAGGAGAUGAGAAGCGGUACCCAAACGGCACCGUUAUUGGUAAAUACACCUAUCUGGAUGAGGGAGGGAAUCCGAUAGAAGUAAAAUACUAUGCCGAUGAUGCAGGUUAUGGGGUCGAAUUGAAAAGCAUCAAGGUUGUAAAUGGAAAUCCUGAACUACCAUCAAUACAAGAUGAAAAACUUGAAUAUUUAACUAAAACCGAUGAGCCUCAUUUUAAAACUGUGGCUGAUUUUAUGAACAUCAAUUACCCCGCCAUUGCUAUGAAAGACAACGAUCCGCUUGGUUACCUUAACAAAGCAAAUAGCAAAGUGAGCCAUCUCAAACAUAGCAAAGAUAUUUCUGAUUACGACGUAUAUUAUAAAAAGGAUUUGACCGAUCCUAAAAAAUGGAGCAACGAUAAAGUACGAAUAUACUUAGAUAAAGAUAAACGUAGGAUCCGAAAUUCUUUUAACAGGAAAAUAAAGCAAAAUAAUUAGAUUCUCAUUUUGUAAACUUUGAAGCAAUAAAAUAUAAAAGAUUAUUA